UUAUCAAUAAUUCCAUUUCCACCCACAUUAUUGCUCCCUCCACCAUACCCAAUUUCAUCUUCUCCACUCUUUAUUCAAAUCCGCUAAAAACAAAUUCUUCAUUCACAAACAAAACAUCGUAAAUUCCCAUAAAAUUCCUCAAAUCCCAAUACAAUAGAAAUGAGAGAAAUCCUCCAUAUACAAGGUGGUCAAUGUGGCAACCAAAUAGGUGCUAAAUUCUGGGAAGUAAUAUGUGACGAACAUGGCAUUGACCAAACAGGAAGAUACAACGGCGACUCCGAUCUUCAGCUAGAACGAAUCAACGUUUAUUAUAACGAAGCAAGUGGUGGCCGUUAUGUUCCGCGCGCUGUUCUUAUGGACCUUGAACCUGGUACUAUGGAUUCUGUACGGUCCGGCCCGUUUGGUCAGAUCUUUCGGCCCGAUAACUUCGUCUUUGGUCAAUCGGGUGCUGGUAAUAAUUGGGCUAAAGGACAUUAUACCGAAGGAGCUGAAUUGAUUGAUGCUGUUCUUGAUGUUGUACGGAAAGAGGCUGAGAAUUGUGAUUGUUUGCAAGGAUUCCAAGUAUGUCAUUCUUUGGGUGGAGGAACGGGAUCUGGUAUGGGUACCCUUCUCAUUUCCAAGAUCAGAGAGGAGUAUCCUGACCGAAUGAUGUUGACAUUCUCGGUCUUUCCUUCUCCUAAAGUAUCUGAUACAGUUGUUGAGCCAUACAAUGCAACCCUUUCCGUUCAUCAGCUCGUAGAAAAUGCAGACGAAUGCAUGGUUUUGGACAAUGAGGCGCUUUAUGAUAUUUGUUUCCGUACAUUGAAGCUUUCAACUCCCACAUUUGGUGAUCUUAAUCAUCUUAUUUCUGCCACCAUGAGUGGUGUCACAUGCUGCCUUCGGUUCCCUGGACAGUUAAAUUCUGACCUACGGAAACUUGCUGUUAACCUUAUUCCGUUCCCGCGUCUCCACUUCUUUAUGGUUGGGUUUGCUCCACUGACCUCUAGAGGCUCCCAGCAGUAUCGCGCGCUCACAGUCCCUGAACUAACACAGCAAAUGUGGGAUGCCAAGAACAUGAUGUGUGCUGCCGACCCUCGUCAUGGUCGUUAUCUGACUGCCUCUGCCAUGUUCCGUGGUAAGAUGAGUACUAAGGAGGUUGAUGAGCAGAUGCUUAACGUCCAAAACAAGAAUUCAUCAUACUUUGUCGAGUGGAUUCCCAACAAUGUCAAAUCCAGUGUAUGUGACAUCCCACCCAAGGGUCUGAAGAUGGCUUCAACCUUUAUUGGAAAUUCAACGGCUAUUCAGGAGAUGUUCAGGCGGGUGAGCGAGCAGUUCACAGCAAUGUUUAGGCGCAAGGCUUUCUUGCAUUGGUACACCGGUGAAGGAAUGGACGAGAUGGAAUUCACCGAGGCUGAGAGUAACAUGAAUGACCUCGUGGCUGAGUACCAGCAAUACCAGGAUGCAACCGCUGAUGACGAGGAAUACGAAGAGGAAGAAGAGGAUGUUGCUGCCUAAGAGAAAUGUGUUUCCAUAUUUUUAAUUUGCUCAUGUGCCCUACGAGAUAUCAACAUCAAAGGUUGUUUUAGUUACUGAUUUAUAGAAGCUAUUGGUAUGUACUCAAUCAUACCUCUAAUAAUACUACUUCCAGCAGAAAGACCAUAAGCAUCUUCAAUUCAAGCAAUGCUAUUUGCCACUAUUUUUUCUGAUAAUCUCGACCAAGAUAUCCCAAAUUACUGUACUAUCACUUCUCAACAACAAUAUAAUUACCCUAUGGCUGUAGAAUUAGAAGAAACUCAACAAAGGAGUAGUAAAUUGCUUAAAUUGAUUGAUUAUGGGUACUAGAGUAUAUUUUGGUUCGAUUGCACCUUGUUUGACUAGUUUUUGGAGCGACAGGCAUCGGUUUGAGUUGUUAGAGAGGGUUUGGAGUCGGUUAUGGAACUUCAGAGCAAGGUAAGUCUCUUGUCUAACUCUGUGAGGGGAAACUACCCCUAGUGUGAGGUAUUUGAUAUGCGCUACUUAUUGCGGGGGCUACGUACGCACGAGGUGACGAGAGUCCAUACGUAGCUAAAUCCUUGUUAUUGUUCGGGUAGACUUAGGUUCACACCAUGCUAUAGUUGUACUAUUUGAGCAGUCCCUUGCCUAUAAAUUCCUUUAUGUUACAUUAUGACUUGAGACUAGACUUGUGUUGAGCGAUAGACUCGUUAUUGUAGAGAUCCGACGGGAUUCGUGAUUAGCCGCGAAUAAUUUUACUCCUCUUACGAAUUUCUCCUGCGUUAUGCUUUCUCAUCAAAAGGUUUCCUCAAAGUUCCUUAUAAUCAAAGCUUCUUAUUCUGAUGGUAUCGGGCUGUUCGCCUCGGCAGGAUACAUACAUCUAUGGUUCGUGCAGUUCGACCCUCGACAAUGCUCACAUCUUAU